AUGGAAUCACUCUACGAAAAAGCUUCACAUGUCAUGCCUCGACGUUGGAGGUAUCAGCCACUGGCAAAUCACGAGCGAGAAGACGUCGAGAAAGAGAGCGGUUCCAGGUCUAAAUCGUGUCUCAUCAGCAUCUGCCUCGCCGCAGUCUUAUUCCUUGGAAUCAUAAUUUCUUGGGGAAUCGCAUGGACGACAGCUCCAAAAAGCUGUAUACGCCCGGCGAGACGAAUGGAGUGGAGGGAUCUGAACAAAACACAGAAGCAAGACUACAUCAGCGCUGUCGUCUGUCUGACUGAGAAAGAAUCGCACUUUGAGCCGGGGAGUAGUCGCUACGAUGACUUUGCAUAUAUGCAUGUCUUUGAAGGCACAGCCACUCACUAUGCCGCUUCGUUCCUCCCCUGGCACCGAUACUUUAUCCACACAUACGAAAAGGCACUGAUAGAGGAGUGUGGUUUCAAGGGAUAUUUGCCGUACUGGGACUGGGCCUUAGACGCCCAUGACCUAGCCGCCUCUCCGAUCUUUGAUCCUAUAGAUGGCUUCGGUGGUAAUGGUACAGGCGGAAGCACUUUAACCGAGAUAUUUGGGGGCCAUUGUGUUACCGAAGGCCCUUUUGCGAAUGCAACCCGCCACUGGCAAUCAAAGUCCAAUGGACAUGGAUUCGAUAUCUUGAGGAAUCCUCAUUGCCUCAGCCGAGGAUUCCAAUGGGGCGAGAAGAAGGUCAAGUUAGAGACUCGAGUUACGAUCGACGCCAUCAACAGCGUGCUGAGCCUCCAAUCAUACGAAGAAUUUGUUGAUGCGCUUGAAAUUCAAGCUCACAAUUCGAUACCUCAGUUUGUGCGAGGGGACUUUUACGGGCUAACCGCACCGAAUGAUCCUGUGUUCUAUCUGCAUCACGCCCAGGUAGAUCGAUUAUGGUGGCUAUGGCAGCAGCAAGAUAUCGAAAGUAGGGCCAAGACCUAUCAGGGUCCUAGACAGAAUAUCAGGGUACACGCCAACGAGUCCCUGUCAGGAUCCAGCUUGGAUGAUGUUAUCUCGCUGGGUAACCUGUCAGAGCCAGUCCGGAUUCAUGAAGUAAUGGCAACUGAGUCGGAGGUCCUUUGUUACCGCUAUUGA